UAUCAUUAUACGAAUUGAAACAAUCAAGACGGAUAUGGUAUAAUAGCUUAAGUGAAUAUUUAUUAAAAGAAUGUUAUCAAAAUAAUCUAAUUUGUCCAUGUGUUUUUAUUAAGAAAUCACAGUCAUGAUUUACUAUUAUAGAAUAUCUCAAAAAAGAAUUUGGGAUGAAAGAUCUUGGCAAAACAAAAUUUUAUCUUAACUUGCAAUCGAGCAUUUAACCGAUGAAAUUUUUAUUCAUCAAUCGACAUAUACAAAAAAUAUUUUAAAAAGAUUCUACAUAGACAAAGCAUACCCAUUGAACAUUCCAAUGGUGGUUCGAUCACUAGAUGUGAAAAAUGAUAUCUUUUAACCUCGAGGAGAUAAUGAAGAAUUACUUGGUCCUAAAAUACCAUACCUUAGUGCAAUAAGUGCACAAAUAUAUCUUGAAUAUGAGGAAGAUGAAGAAGAAUAUUGAAACAAUCGUAAAAUAGCUUCAAAGAAUCUUUCCAAAAAUGAUGAAGAAGAAAUAGAAGAUUUAAAUAGAAUAAUAAAUCGUAUUGAAGAAAGACAAUCUGUAAAAGGUGAUGAAAAAAUCUGGAAUAGAAGAAAUCACAAAGAAAGAAGAAAAAAGAGAAGUGACACAAGGGCAAAUUUGAAACUUAUGAAAAUAUUUUACAGGCUUCAUGGACUUUUGUUUUUUUUGUUAAACGAGCUGUAAAUAUUUUUAGUUAUUUUCACAUUUAUGUAAAUUAAUCUAAGUAUUACAUAUUUUUUUCUUUUAAAGGAAAAUGAAAUAAAAAAGAAUAAAUUUAUUAUUAUUAUUAUUAUUAUUUAUUUCUAUAAAAUGAGUAAGGCUCACGUUUCCCAAAAUUAAAAAAAAAAAAAAAAGAUAUAACUUUUCCCUCCUUCCUUAUGCCACCGAUAACCAAUAACAUUUCGCUAUAUUUGUAAAUAAACUAAAUCAUUUUGUUUUAGAUUACAAAACAAAACUAUAUCAAAGAUUAAACGAUAAGUUUUGAAAAGUCAACAAACUAAAAAUUUGUGAGCAGAAAAAUAAAGUUAAGACAAAAUUAGGGAUAGGAUUAGGUGUUGUAAAUGAAAUUUAACAGUUAUGAUUAGUAAGGAAAGAAAGUUUGAAAAUAAUUUGGCAAGGAAUAAAGUGGAAAGUUUGGUUAGCAAGCUUUCUAUUCCCCCCAAAAGAAAAAAGGAUUAGUAAGGUUUCACUAUCAUAGCAUCGCCAAUAAGCACAUGGCUGUGUGUGAAGGACCAAUCCCAUCUCUCAAUUUUUCUCCAACCUCUCAUCUCUUCCUAAAUCUUUCCUUUAGAUCCUCCUUUCAAUCCCACCCUCCACGCGUCCUCAUCUCUCAAUCCCCCUCUCCACCCACUUAAUCUCACGCGCCUCCCUCCACAAAUAUCUCAUCUCCCCGUAUGCCACACGCUCCAUCAGUGGUGUGGAGGAACGCAAUCGGUUAUAACUUUAGUUUCACCUAUCUAAUAACAAAAUACCACGUGUUACCGUUCUCGAACCUACCAAAUAAAAUAAACAAAAAUGAGAAAAAGAGAGGCUCCCCACUUCACGCCUCACGGAACAUUACGCUUCCCCUAAGACCAGCCACGUGUGCCCCACCUUUCGGCAGUGCUUGACACUCCCCCACUUCUUAUUGGUCCAACCGUGGUCCCCACUCCCAAAACAGAAUCCAAUUACUACCAGAUUUUGCAUCUUUCCUUCUCCCCAGGGCCCCACUCUCUAUAAAACAUAAUUCAACCAAUUAACGUCGCGUCACUAUUUCCGUUACCUAGCCCUAGGGCCACGUGUCCUUCUUUCUUCUUUUCUUCUUUUCUUCUUUUCUUUUUUCUUUUUUUUUUUUUUUUUUUUUCCUUUUGCGCUUUUGUUUUGCUGUUUCUUUCUUCUAUCUUUCUAAUCUCUAUGAUCAUCUUCAUGACUUUCUCUCUCUCCCUCUCUCCGAAAAUGGAAACGAAAACGCCACCUCUUCUUAAUUAGGAUUUUGGAAACCGGUUUUGUUUUGUUCGUUAUGGAUGGUGGUGAUGCAGCGUCGACACGGCGGUUGAUCGGAUCUUGUACUGGUGGAAGUAAUUGUAAGCCGAUUAUAAAUCCGAUAAUGAUGAGAUUCCGACCGAUUGCUCCCAAGCCACUCCCCGGCGGAUCUAUUCCAUCGUCGUUAGACAGUAAGAACAACAACUCAUCGAUUUCCAAAGGAAGAACGAAAAGGAAGUACGUUAGGGUUAGAAGAUAUAACAGAAAAAAGAAAACUACUACACGAAACAACCACAACAACAGUACAACCGAGGACGGAGAGUUGAUGGAUCACGAUCAAACCGCCGUGACGACACUACAACUACUGCCGGUCAUCGGCGGGGGCGGUGGAUCUGAGAAUAAAACAGAAACGGGGAGAAGGAUGAUGGAGAAAGAGAUGAGAUUAGUAUCAGAUCCAAAAGGUGGGGUGGGGGUGGAAUUGUGGGUGACGGUAGAAUGCGUGACAGACGCAUGCAUGGAUCUAGAACUGAGAGAGGGAGAGAUAGGAUGUACGGACGAGGAGAGGAUAAAGAAUUUAGAGAAGGACACGUGUCCAGGGUUUGUAUCGGACGGUAUGAAUAGAGUAGAGUGGUUAAACAAGGCAUUUAAGAGGAUGGUGUGGCAAAGGCAGAGGAAUAAUAACGAUAAUAAGAGUAAGAUGAAGAAGGAGGAGGAGGGAGGGAAGGGUGACUGUGAGGGUGACUGUGAGUCACCGGCAGAAGUAAGUGUAUGGUUAAUAUCAAAACCCAAAUUACCAAAUAUGAGAAGAGUAUUUACGUGCCAAAUAAAGCUGCAGUUCAAAAGAGGUACGGAAAUGGAGAAGGACUCGAGAGUUGUGCCGUGCGAUGCGUGGAGAAUGGACGGUGGAGGAUUUGCAUGGAAAUUAGACGUCAAAGCUGCUCUCACUUUGGCUCCUUUGCUUCAAGAAGAUUUUGAUUGAUCCAUCACACUUCACUUCAUGUUUCAAUUUCAGGUAAAAUGGGAGUAUGGGAGUAUGAAAGUGUAAAUAAAAUAGAAGAUUAAAUAUGUAAUAAAGGAGGGGUACGGUGUAGUAGAGUGUGCAUGUGCAUUUUGGGUCGUCACCAAGUAACCAACAGAUACACUUGGAUGGAAUGAUCGCUCAAUGCAAACAAAAAAUAUGAAACAUAUACUAUAAAUUAUUUACUACUUCUAUAUAUUCUAUAUAAUAGGUCAAGUUGCACUACAUAAAUUCACAAAUAAAAGAGAAAAUUGUAAGAUACAUAAAUAUGGUGAACUUUGGAGCAACAUGAACCACAUUUUCCUGUCUCUAUAUGUAUAUAGGACAAUGUAUUAUUAUUUUCAGAUUUUUCUUUUACUUUAAAUUGAUAAGACUAUUUUGAUCCACAA